AUGAACCAGCAAGGAAGUUUCAUUAUCAAUGGUCAUAAUAAAGUGGUAGUUUUUCAGUCCGUUCGAGCCCCGGCAGUUUAUUAUUUUGCCGAAGAGGAAAAUAAAUUUUUUGGCGAAAUUAUUCCCUUCAAAGGACUGGUUUUUGACUUAUUGGAUGUUUUGAAAGCUUUUGAUGUUCCGCCUGAACUUCUUGAGAACUUAUUUGACAAAGAAAGUUUAAACAUUGAUAGUUAUCAAGAAGCCAAUAAAUUAGAAAUUGGAGUUGGUCGAACUAGUUUGCCCCAAUUUUUGUUUACAAGCAGCAAGGGCAAUUCUUAUUUUAAUAUCGGAAAACUAGGGCGUAAAAAAUAUAAUCAAAAAAUAGACCUUAUUCAACAACUAAAAGGGCAAACUUUAGCCGAAAACCUGCUCGAUAAUAACGGCAAAGUAAUCUUAAAAAAAAAUACUAUCCUCGAAGAAAAAAAUCUCCAAAUAUUACAAAAUGCCUUCCAAAAGAAAAAAAUAAGUGGGAUUGCUCUUCCUCACUCAACCAAUGACUUAUAUAUUAUUAAAAUAAAGUCGCCACGAAAUAAGGAGAAAAUUAUCCCGGUGGUUGGGAUUGGAGAAAAAUUACCGGCCGAAAAAACUUAUUUUGACUUAGCAGAUUUAGUUUGUGCUGUGGCUGGUUAUAUUAACUUACAUCAUGGUUUAGGUAAUGCCGAAAAAAAAGAGGAUGAGGAUAAAUUAGAAAAUCAAGUUAUCCGUCGGGUCGGGGAUUUAGUUUACAACAUUUUUGAUAACAAACUAGGGGGAUUUUUACAAGAUAUUGAUAAUAAAUACUUAACUAAUUAUCUUUCCCAAUUAAAAAAGAUUGACUUCUCGAAAAUACCUAAUUUAAAGGAUUUCGAUAAUCUUAUCAAGCAUUUUUUCAAUACUUCAGCGCUGGUUCGUUUACAAAACCAAAAUAAUGCUUUGUCGGUUAUUUCGGAUGGAUUAGUAUCCAGUGUAAUGGGAUUAGGAGGGCGUAAUUCAGUCAAUGCUACUUUGGCCGCCCGCAAUGUCGAUUCCUCCUUCAGCGGUCGAUAUGACCCAGUAGAAACUCCCGAGGGUCGAAAUACUGGUUUGGUCCGUCGGAUAACAAUUGAAGCGGGGAUAAAUGAUGAUGGACAAAUAACUACUCCUUAUUUUCCAGUUCGCGAUGGUAUAAUUAUUCCUUCUUUGGUUUAUUUAACCAGUGAGGAAGAAAAAGACAAAUACAUCGCUCAUUUUAAUCUAAAAAUUGAUGAAAAGAAUAAAAUCACGGAGGAAACAGUAUUGGCUAUUCAUCAGGAGAAUUUUGUGCAAAUACCCAAAGAAAAAUUAGAUUUUAUUUACAUUUCUUUUUAUCAUUUGAACUCAGUAACUAGCGCUACCAUUCCUUUUUUUCACCACAAUGACGCUACUCGUAUGCUAAUGGCAACCAACAUGCAACGGCAAGCGGUAACGUUGCUGAAAAAUCAAGAACCGUUAGUAGCCAGUGGCAUCGAAGCCAGUCUGUUGAAUAAUUCACCAUUAGCAGUUAAAGCCGAAGAAAAAGGAGAUGCGAUUAUCCUUAAUGAAAGAUUAGUAAAAGAGGAUAUUCUUACUUCUUUCUUUGUCAAAAAGCACACCAUUAUUCGUCAUAAUACCAAGUAUGGACCAGAAAUAUUUACUUCUUCUUUUCCUCACGCGGGGAAAAAUCAAUUUCCACACUUGGAUAAAAAUGGAAUAGUGAAAAUUGGCAGUAAGGUCAAAGGGAAUGAUAUUUUAGUUGGUAAGUUAACGCCGGAGCCUAGCCCUCAUAAGGAAGCCGAGGAGGAGUUAUUGCUAAUGAGUAUUUUGGGAGAAAAAGCCCAUCGCUUCGUUAAUUCUUCCCUCCGAUUGCCGGCCGAAGAAGCAGGAACAGUUUACCAAGUUAAAAGAAAAAAACUUACUAAAAGCAAGAAUGAUUUAGAAUUAGUGGAAGUUUAUGUGGCUCAGAAAAGAAAAAUCGAAGUUGGGGACAAAUUAACUACCCGUUUUGGUAAUAAAGGGGUGGUGGCGAAAAUUGUACCCGAAGCCGACAUGCCUUUUGAUGAAGAAGGAAAAACAAUUGACAUAAUUUUUAAUCCGCUCGGUAUCCCAACCCGCAUGAAUAUUGGUCAGUUGCUAGAAACUAUUUUGGCUUCCGCCGCUCACAAACUUGACACGAGACUUCUCUGUCGGCCUUUUAACUCUCCUUCUCCCCAAGAAAUUAAAGAAAUUAUUCAAGAAGCCAAGAUUAAAAAUUUCGGUGCCCAAAAAUUAUUUGACGGUCAAACCGGUUUGCCUUUUCAGCAAGAUGUUUACAAUGGCUAUAUCUAUACUAUUAAGUUAAACCACAUGGUAGCGGACAAAUUUCACGCUCGGAAUACCGGUCCUUAUUCCCUUAUCUACCAGCAGCCAGUCAAGGGACGUUCCCAAGGAGGUGGACAAAGGUUUGGAGAAAUGGAAAUAUGGGUAAUGUGA